AUGGGCGAUCUUCCGGAUUAUCGAGUUCGCCCUGUUGCUCGCGGGUUUUCUCACUGCGGAAUCGAUUAUGCCGGACCAAUUAAAGUGCGAACGACACCGGGACGGGGACACAAGUCGCAAAAGGCAUAUAUCGCCAUAUUUAUCUGCAUGACUGUUAAAGCGACUCAUCUGGAACUAGUAGGUGAUUUGUCAACGCCGUCUUUCUUGGCUGCUUUCGAUCGGUUCUGUGCUCGUCGAGGUGUUCCAACCGCGAUGUAUUCGGACAACGCAACUAAUUUUCAGGGAGCUCAACGCGAACUAGCUACUGCUUGGCAUACGGCUACUCACGAUUCGAAUAUUUUAAACAACCUCGCGGAGAAAGGCAUCAGUUGGAGAUUCAUUCCUCCGUCCUCUCCACAUUUCGGUGGAUUAUGGGAGGCCUGCGUUCGGAGCGUUAAGUUUCAUCUAAAGCGCGUCAUCGGUGCUCACACGCUCACAAUCGAAGAGAUGAGCACCUUAUUAUGUAAAGUCGAAGCGUGUCUAAAUUCGCGGCCUCUCGGGCAGAUGUCGGAUAAUUACGAUGAUUAUCACGCUCUUACUCCGAGCCACUUUCUCAUUGGAUCCUCGAUGCUAACGAUACCAGAAACGUCUCUACUCGACGAAAAGGAAACGCGUCUUACCCGAUGGCAGCUCAUUCGUCAAAUGCGCGAUAGUUUAUGGAAGCAAUGGUCACAGGACUAUCUGCACACGUUGCAACAACGGCCUAAGUGGCGUGAAAGGCAGAGUUUAGCCCGGGUAGGGCGCUUAGUACUAUUGCGAAAUCCGCUAGCGCCUCCCUGCGCUUGGGAACUUGGGAGGAUCGUGGAAUGCCAUCCGGGAGACGAUGGCUUAGUCCGGGUCGUUACUGUCAAGACAGCCCGCUCAAAGUACAAGCGAGCCGUCACAAAAUUAUGUUUUCUACCGAUUGACGUGAAUCUAACCCAUGACGCUGCGGAUGACAUUCCACGAGCCAUCUCUGCUGAUACGUCUAAAAAUUAA